AUGCCUGCAGGUCCACCAUGCCCAUCAUCUAUACCUACAUAUUACCUAUUAACAUUACAUAUUAUUGGCGGAAUUUCAAUUCCCAUAAAUUUGAUCGGUUUCUAUUUAGUUUGGUUUCAAUCUCCCAAAAUGCAAGGCUACAAAUAUUGCCUAUGCUAUUUACAGCUUGUCAGCUUCAUCGCAGAAAUCGAAAUGAUCUUCAUAUGCCCCGCAUUCUAUUUUUUCCCACUAAUUGGUGGUUUCAAUGUGGGCGCCGAUAUAAUUGCUAAUAAUAUAAGUUCACAUCAUACAAUGACUCUAUAUGUUUUUGUAUUCACAUUCGAACUUCCUUCCACACUUUUGUGCUUCAUUUUCAGACAUAAUGCCGCUGGAAAAGUCGAUCAGAAGUGUUUUAGCUCGAAAUACUUGAAGAAAUUUAGUUUGGUGUUGGCUCAUUUUUUGCCAUUUGUGACAGCUUUUUGCUUCUGGAAUUCCAGAUUAACAGCUAAAGAGCGAAUGGAUUUGGUGAUGAAUAACUGGCCACAAUGCGCUCAUUGGCUAAAAUUUCCGGCUUUUGAGGUGUAUGAUUAUCAUCUGAAUCCAUGGCUUGCUGUUGUAGGAAUUGGCGCAUUUUUUGUGCUUUUUAUGGUUUUUUCAUACUGCAUAUUCCUGGGAGUUCAAACAUUACUCAUCCUACAACAACAUCGAAAAUCCAUGUCUCGGCAGACGUAUCAAGCGCACAAAAAUGCACUUUUCAGGUUAGUCAUGCAAAUAGUGCUUCCUGGCGUUUUUAUAGUUGUGCCACUUUGUAUUUGUAUGUUUGUAGUUGUUCAAGGAGAUGUGCAUUUGCAAGAGUUCGCCACGGACACAAUGUUCUUCGUGAGCUCCCAUUCAAUGUGCUCCUGCAUAAUUAUGAUCAUCAGCAACCCAAAGUACCGGAGCGUACUUCGUAAGAAAAUUUUAAGAAUUUUGGGAAUUUCUGCGAAGUCAAAAAGCAAUCGACGUCGUGGGAAUACAGUUUUACCGAGUCAACCGAGAAUUCAAUAA